GCCUGUGCUUACUACUGUCCAGGUUUGCUUGUCUUGUCUGGUAUGUCUCAAAUAGAGACAUUAUUCUAUGUCUAACGAAAAAUCGCAGUUAAACAGGAGCAUAAAAUGACUUCUAAAGGAAUCGAAAAUGUUAACCCACAGCGGUUUGUAAAACAGACAAAAAGAGAAGUGACGAUAGAAGAAAAAGACGAAUCUGUUAAGGACCCUAUAGAUGAAAGGGAAAUAUUCGAUUUAUUAAGGGAUAUAAGUGAUCCCGAACAUCCAAUGUCACUUGAAGAACUGAAUGUUGUACAAAUUACAAACAUUGAAGUUGAUGAUCAUGAAAAUAGUGUUAAAGUUUUUUACACCCCAACCAUUCCUCAUUGCAGCAUGGCAACACUAAUUGGACUCUCCAUAAAAGUAUGUUUGCUAAGAUCAUUACCACCACGAUUUAAAGUUGAAGUCAAUAUUUCACCGGGUUCCCAUGCAUCAGAGGAAGCUGUUAAUAAACAGCUGGCUGACAAAGAAAGGGUCUCAGCUGCUUUGGAGAAUAGCAACUUGUUGGAAGUUGUCAACCAAUGCAUAGUCAAAAGUUUAGAAUGACUCUUUUUUCAAUUACAUUUGAGAUGGAAAUGCAAUUUGUUUUAAUGGAA